CCGAGUCCUCUCUUCACCUAACUCCCGUCCCCUUCCUUCAACUUCCCUUGCCUACCUACCUAGACGGAGCUUCACCGCCGAGGCCAUCUACCUACCUACCUCUACCGAGAACAAGGGGCGGAUGUUAGUGGAUGCCAACGGACUUUACUUGACGACUUGGGACGUACCAACGAUUCGCGAAACGAGACGUGGGCAGCCGAUCCGAUCUACGGAGUUACAGCGCUAGACGCACAUCAGUAGAAGAAGACGACGACGACGACGACGACGAGACUAUGAACCGACUGCAACCAACACAUUUGUCGGGUUAAUUCUAUAUAUACAGUACUCAAUAUACAGGUAGCAACCAUGGACGACUAUCCGCGCGGCAGCUUGGACCAUAACAUCCCCUUCCUCCUCACCCUCGGCGUCUCCCCUCCCAACUCCAGCUCAGCCCACAACCCUGAACUGGGCAAGACUCUCAAGGACCAGGCCAUCGAGGUUCGAUCCGACCUCCCUACUCUCGACCUUCCUCCCGCACAAGCUCUACUACACUACAUCCAAGAGCGGGAUGCCUCGAACCUACCAUGCAUCGCAUACGAGCACCAGCUUCGCUACCGGUUCCGGGUCAAGUCAGCAGAGAGGUCCUUCCUGCUGCCUCCUCGCCGCGCCCGCUUGCCCGAAGGGAUAGAAGCACCUCCGGGUGCCAUCCUCCAUUCGCCCUUCUCGCCUCUGACUCCGAUAUCUCCUCUGUACCCCGACGGCCUGAUCGAUGCGCAAUGGACGCUGAAACACCAGGAACUGAUUCCCAGUGUCGUGCUCUGCUUCUACAACCUCGUCUCCGACCCAAAUCAGUCCACCCUAAGCGAUAACCACAUCAAGUCUGACGUGAACAAGUUGAGGAACCUGCUCAUUCAAUCAGGCCACAAGAUCAAGCUUGCUAUUGUAUUUCUGUCCGACCCUUCUGGCGAUCACACGGACUACCUCCAAGAUCGCAUCGAGAUUAUUCGCAGGGGCUGUGCGCUUGACCCCAAGUCGGUCUUCCUCAUGCCCCCUAACGAGAACCACGAAGACCUUGCGCGCAUGGCCGAGAACAUGUUGAUCACAUUAUACGGCGCUUCAAUGGAGUAUUACAAAGAACUGGGUAGACAUUCUCGAAAGAAGAGAGGAAGGGGGGUUGCUCCGCCGCCAACCGUACCACCAACAACAGGCACUUCCCAAACGCUUUCGCUGGCAGGAUGGAAUGUCCGUUAUGACUUCAAGUCAGCUGUACUAGCCGAAUUUCGCCUGGAAAUGGAGAACGCCCUGCGCUCUUACGAACAAGCGUACGAAAACUUACUGAGUUCCGAGGUUGUCGAACUAAUACCAAGUUGGAGUCCUCGCUGGAACGAGGCUCGGCUUCUUGCUGAUGUGAUAGCCAUUCGCUCCAUUCGCUGCUUGUUAUGGGGCGCUCAGAACAGCGCGGCCGUUCGCAGGUGGCAAUUCCACCGCGAAAGGAUGGCGGAUCUUGUCGAGCGCCUUGGAAGAGGCACCAGCAACUAUGGGUGGGAGGCCUGGCAAGCACGUUGGGCAAUCGUCAUGGCGAACUUGAUGGAAAAGGCAGGCAUCCCAGAGCUUGAUCCUGCUGAGAUGCGACUCUACCUCAACCCAGAAAAGAACAUUAUGGGGGAACGACUACAACCCUGGGAGUUCCUUCACCAUACAGGUUAUUGGUAUCGUCUGGCUUCCAGGCACUUGUAUGCCCGGAGAGCCCGGGCUCGUGCGAUGCCUGAAGACGAUAGGAGACCACCAGGCUCUUCUCCGGCCUCUCACCUUGCAAGCAGGGGCUUCAUAUAUGACACCUUCAUGUGUCCAGAACCCCAUGAGGAGUUUCCGCUGGAGCACAUGACUUAUAAAGGGGUGGACCAUAACGGCAUGAUUAUCGAUUGCCUAUCACGAGCACUUCACGAGUUUUUACAGAGGGAUCAAGCACGGCUGGCUGCUGAAUUGUCUCUAGAGUUAGCCAGGGAACUGAGUCUCAGGCAGGAAUGGGCCAAGGUUGUCGAGUUGCUGCGGCCUAUCUGGCAAAACAUGUCGUUCAGAAAGGAACGCUGGCCAACAUUGACCGAGGAAGUUAGUUGGGCUCUAAGGGCAGCCGCUUCCAAGACUGGUGAUUUUGGUGAUGUCGUGACCAUUGACUGGGAAUUGCUGGACCGAGGCUUCACGAAACGCAAAAACUGGCAAUAUGACAUCACAAAGUCCCUACAACCAAUAACACCGGAUCCCAAGCCGAUUAUCAAUAUCGCAGAUGGCCAGAUCAUCCCGCCUGUUUCAGCUACCUUCGUUUUUAGAGACGAAGAAGGGAAAGCAGGCCAGACCACCCGAGCCCAACUGUGCCUCCAUUCCAACGCCCAUGCCGAAUCCACUCCCAUACCAUUCAGAAGGAUCGAGGUCAAGUUCAAUGGCAGCAUCAACACUCUCGUACUAAGACAUCAAGUACAAGAAGAAGAAGGCAACAAGCGACAGAAGCACGGUAACAUUGUUUUAUGUCCGGUACCCCUCGAGGAUAUCACCCCUAGCGAUAGAGAGCCGACGACAGAAGACUCGGCUGAGGAUGAUGAUAGAGGAACUGAGUUACAAGGCACCACCGACCUGACUCUCUCGCCUGGUCAUACUCUCGUCCUUGUUAUGGACAUACCACUCCGUGAACAAGGCGAAGUAAACGCUCUUUCGCUCACUGCGUCACUAGAGACCGAGUCCUUUGACCUUCACCAGUCUCUCAAACUCCGGGAUAUGCCCAACACAACCCACACUUGGUAUCCCACACCCUCAACCAGGAAGCGUAUCACACGGCCAGUCAGCCCUCUGUCCCUCCGAAUCCUUCCAAGGCCUCCCAAGAUGGAGAUCAAGAGCGAGAUCAAGGAACAGUACUACACCAACGAGGCGAUAACACUCGACUUUGACAUCUACAACGCCGAAGACGUCGAGGCUCCCUCCAAGUUCGAUGCGCUCCUAUUCUGCGACGAGGACGAAGCGUCAUUGACGGCCCCGUCUUUCACAGUGGAAGUCGUCUCAGAAGAACAACAAACAAAAGAAGAGGAGGAGAACAAGAAGAAAUCGUCCACAAGCAGCUCCUCCGGUCGCGAAUCCAAGGUCUCCUCUUACUUCCUCGGCGACAUCCAGCCAAGCACCACCACCACCGUCCGCCUCCAUUUCCCACCCAUCGAGCGACCCAGCCGCUACGAGUUGACUCUGCGCGUAGUCUACCACUUGUCCACCAACCCCGGCACCACCAUCAUCCAGACUGCCGUCUUCCAACUCAACGUGCUCAACCCCUUCGAAGCCAACUACGAGCUCCUCCCGCGCGUCCACCCCGACCCCUGGCCUUCCUUUUUCGACGCCGAAAACAUCCAACCCCUUUCCCUCCCAUCUCAAGCAGAAGAGGAGGACAAAGACGCAGUAGUGCCCUACAAAGGCCUCCACCAAUCUUGGUCUCUCCUCACCCGCUACGCCUCCUUCGCCUCCGAAGAUCUCAAGGUAAUCGACGUAGACGUCAAAGUUCUACGCCAACCACAGUCACAGUCACAGCCUAGCCAGACGAGCUCUCCUGAGCCAAUGACCUGCCUAAUCACCCGCCACCACGACGACGACUCAACCCUCCCCAUCGAAAAAGGUGGCCACCUAAUGAAACCACACACCAUCGAAACCACCUCAUUCGAUAUCGUCGCGCAAAAAAUCAGUCUUGACGAUCGCGGCCCGGCACCACUUGAUUUGGCCAUGGUCAUCCGAUGGAAACGACUCCCACCAUCUGCAUCUCCAGAAACAACUCCUCCAUCUCCAUCCCCGGAAAAAGAAGAUACCGAUGAAACAAUAAACACCACCACCCUCCCCUGCCCACGCUUCUCCCUCUUCGGCAUCGAGCCCCGCGUGCUCGCCCACGUCACCUACCUCGACACCUAUAACCCAGAAGACUCCUUUACUCCCCUGAUCCUGCUAAGGGUGAUCAUCGAAAACGCCUCCAACCACUUCUUGACGUUUGGCGUAUCGAUGGAUACCUCGGCGGAAUUCGCCUUCUCAGGCCCCAAAUUGUCGGCGGUGCCCGUGUUGCCUGUUAGUAGAAGGGAGGUGGAGUAUAGGCUUUUGCCUACUAGCCUGGGACCUGGAUCGGGCGACACGGAAGAGACGGAUAAGAAGAAGAAGAAAAAGGACAAGAAGACGAGUGAACAGCAGGGAUACUGGAUCAAGCCGGGCUUGACUGUGAGAGACAAGUACUUCCAGAAGGUGUUGAGGGUGAUUCCUGCGUCUGAGGGGGUGAGGGUGGAUGCGAAGGAGGGAGGGUUCUUGGUUUGGGUGCCUACUGGUGAGGGGCCUGAGGAUGGUGAUGAGUAGAUAAUGUUGUUGUUUGAAAAGGAUCAAUUCGUAAGGAAGAGAAAAGCAAGUCUUCAGCGAUUAAGUUUGAGUAUAAGCGAAAAAGCCUGUACAAGUAAUAGACUUGACCAUGAUAUCCGUCUUAUCCAA